CCGUAUGCGGCUUUAUGACGCCAUAGCGGAAGUGAGUUGGUCCUUUCCCCCGCAGACCUCAACAUGGCCAGAGGACCGAAGAAGCACCUGAAGCGCGUUGCGGCGCCGAAGCACUGGAUGCUCGACAAGCUCACUGGAGUGUUUGCUCCACGUCCCUCCACCGGUCCACACAAGCUGAGGGAGUGCCUGCCUCUUAUUAUCUUCCUGAGGAACCGCCUCAAGUACGCCCUAACCGGAGAUGAGGUGAAGAAAAUCUGCAUGCAGAGGUUCAUUAAGAUUGACGGCAAGGUCCGCACUGAUAUCACCUACCCGACUGGAUUCAUGGAUGUGAUCAGCAUCGAAAAAACGGGCGAGCACUUCCGUCUGAUUUACGACGUGAAGGGCCGUUUCACUGUGCACCGCAUCACCGCCGAGGAGGCCAAGUACAAGCUGUGCAAGGUGAGGAAGAUCCUGGUCCGCACCAAGGGCAUCCCCCACCUGGUGACCCACGACGCUCGUACCAUUCGAUACCCCGAUCCCCUCAUUAAGGCUAACGACACGGUGCGCAUUGAUCUGGAAUCUGGCAAGAUCACCGAAUUCAUCAAGUUUGAAACCGGUAACAUGUGCAUGGUGACCGGAGGUGCUAACUUGGGCAGGAUUGGCAUCAUCACCAACAGAGAGCGCCACCCUGGCUCCUUUGACGUGGUGCAUGUCAAGGACAGCACUGGCAACAGCUUUGCCACCAGGCUGUCCAACAUUUUUGUCAUUGGCAAGGGCAACAAGCCGUGGGUGUCCUUGCCCAGAGGGAAGGGAAUCCGCCUGACCAUUGCCGAGGAAAGAGACAAGAGGCUGGCUGCCAAGCAAAGCAGCAGUUAAGAUGGCCGGCCACGACACCUGGUUUUCACAAUAAAAUGUUAGAUCCAAAACA